AUGGCUUCUGGUCAAGAGAUGUAUGCUACUAAGGAGGUGCCCGUUGCUGGCAAUGAGGGAGACAAUGCUGCUGCUGCUGCUGACAUUGAUCUCAACCUUGAGGAUUUCGUGGUUGACAUGGAGAUCAAUGGAAGUGAAGCUGACCUUGAGGCUGAUGCUGAAAAUGAGGAUGAGGCUGGCUCUGAUGAGGGUGUCUCUAACGAGACUGAGAACAUUGCUGUCAAACUCCAGACUCAACUCACGGAGCAGAAUAUUCUCAUUGGAGUGCAACAGUGCCGUAUCCAAAACUUGGAGGCUGAUUCUGUUAAGCUUCAGGCCUUGAUUGAGCAGCUGACCAGGGAGGUGCAGUUGAUUCCUAAGGAAAACGACACCUCCAGCUUCAUUCAGGACCUGCAGACCACUCUCCAGUUCGUGCAGGAUCAGCUCAAGAAGCAAGAGAAAAACAUCUCUGUGCUUCAGGCUCAGUACAGGGAGAUCCGGCGUGGCAACCUCUAUCAGCCUGCUCCUGCAGCAGAGCGAGUCGCCAAUGCCGCUAACAGCCAUGCUGCACCUGCUGCUGCACCUCCUGCUGUUCCUCCUCCUUCUGGAGCACGUGCUGAGCCUCCUGCUGCAGCUGCAAAUGCCUUCGGCUCCUGCCCUUCGGCCCUGCCUCGUUUUGUCCAUGGCAAAACUGACGUUGAGACUUGGCUCUCCAUUGCGGAGGACUUUAUGUCCAUCCACAAUGUGCGUAGCGAGGCUCGCGUGGUCGCUGCGACCCUUGCCCUGGACGACACUGCAAGCAAGUUGGUUCAGCCCCCGGCGCUCGAGGUGCGUAGCCGCCUGGAGAACAUCCAGUGCGGUGACCAGCCUGUACGCGAGUACGCCAAGGAGUUUGAGAAAACUCUUUCGCCGCUGAAGACUGCUCUUCCUGAGAGCGAGGUCAUCCACCUGUUCUUUAAGGGACUCCCUGAGCACAUCAAGCGUGUGCAUGUUGUGCGUGGGGAGCACCAGUGGAGGACCUACAAGGAGUGCAAGGAGCAGGUCAUUGACACGGAUGUGAAUUUCCGUGCGUACAUGACUCACGCUCGUGCUCAGCAGCAGCCUAGUGCCGAAGGCCCUAGGGGGGGUGGUAGCAGGACUCAGGCCCACAGGGGCGGUGGCUCUUGGAAGAGGCCCUAUCAGCAGAAGGGGGAAUCCUCUGGGACUCAGUCCAAGAGGGCCCAUGCUGGGCCUGCCAAGGAUCCUCAGGAUGAGGAUAAGCCCCCGGCGGGCUGCCGCAUCUGUGGCAAGCUCGGCCACAAGUCCUAUCACUGCCGUUGGAGGAAGUCCGUCAAGAACUCCGGCAAGCCCAACCAGGGCAAGAAGCCGGAUGGUUCUGGCCCUUCGGGCCCGAAGGAUUUUCCGAAGUCCAACUAG